AUGAGUUCUCCUAGACCGGAACCCAUGCCUUUAAACAAACCGCAUGAUGCGUUCCGGAGUUGCCGUAGUUCUGUUACCGCCUUGUCGUCUUGGGUUGGGAAGGAUACGACAGGCUCAAUUCAAGGACACUCAAUUUCAAGCUCAAUUUCAGGCUUUCGAAGCUCUGACGCUUUCUGUAGCUCUUCGUUCGUUCGGCAGAGGCGUAGAGCUAUCUACUUGGUCGCGACUGGCUCUGCUACGCUAGGUUCUCCCUAUGGCGCUACGCAUCGUUCCCUUCGGUCGAGCGAAUCCCAUUGUUCCGGUCCGAGAAUCCCUAUGUCUGAGGUCGAGCAGCUACGCUCUCGUUGGUCGAGGUUAGAUCCUCGUAUGUCGCCACUCUCGUCACUGGGCGUUCUCACUUUUUCCUUGUUAUCUCAGGACACUCUGCCAGGUUGUUCCUUGUUGACCGGCCUUGUGAUUCUCGUUAUAGAAUGUAGUGCCCAACAGUUUAAAGGAACGGGUGAAGUCUCGGGAUCCGCUCUAGUCGAGUAA